GAUCGUAGAUCAUUUGUUGCUGUUGAAGCUGUUAUCUCAAACUCAUAGCCGACUCACAAGCUAGACAGAGUUCGUUAGCUCUAGCUCAUAUCGUUCGACUACAAUGAACGGGACGACGACGCUCGUUGGUCGGUUGCCCCGGUUGCAGCGAGCAGCUUGGGGUACCACGGGGUUCGCGGCGAGGUCAUCAAGAGUAGCAUGUCCUUUGAGGUCAACGACGGCGAGAUCAACAACACGGCGGGCAUACAGUGUGAAUACGGACGGAUCGAAGAAGCAGUCGUUGGGAGCCCGUCUAAGUCAUGCAUGGAAUUCGACGCCGACCCGAUGGUACCCUAUUCCAAUCGCCCUCGGGGCCGCUGUUCUCGUCGCUAUACAAUACAAGAGGAGUCCGUUUGCGUACGGAGCCAAGGAGGACCAAGCCGUCGUUGAGAGCGAAGGCGAGGGCGGAGCAAGGGUUAAGAUGAAGAGCAGCGGACCAUGGCAGGUCACGGUCCUCGGUGCUCUCCCUCUCCGAUCAUUGUCCCAACUCUGGGGAUACCUAAACGGUCUCGUCCUCCCCGUCUGGUUCCGUCCCUUUGGUUUCAAGCUCUACUCUGCCAUCUUCGGGUGCGACCUCUCCGAGAUCGAGCCCAAAGACCUUACAUCGUAUGAAUCUCUGGGAGAGUUCUUCUACCGAAGACUGCAAGAUGGAGCUCGACCGAUCGAUACCAAGGCGGCUUUGGUCAGCCCAGCGGAUGGGACGGUACUGCACUUUGGGGAGAUUGCGGAAGGUGGGAGGGUAGAGCAGGUCAAGGGGAUUACGUACUCGUUGGGCGCGUUGUUGGGAACGGGUGGCAAGAGUGUCAGUGAAGUAGAAGAGAUCGCUUCCAACAGGGAUGCACAGACAGUGGAUGAUGAACACUUUGCCAAGAUCAACGACAUCGAAUACUCCCUGUCGAGCCUCCUCGGUUCAGCUCAAUCCCACACCCAGGUCAAGGAGCCCAACCCAAACUCGGGGAGCGACACUUCUCCGGAACCUCAGACGACGAAUCAGCCUCAUGACGCUACGCCGGAUGAGAUGAAGAACGAUCCUACCAAGCUGGGGCAUGAUGCUCAGGUGGCUAUGAGCUUGGGACCUUCUGCUACGUUGCAGUCUCAGACGCUCGAUCAUCAAAACGACAACUCGAGCGCUUUGAGCAAACUCGGCGAUACUUCCCCCAUGCACCAGCACACGGGAUCCAACAUGCCCCUGAAGGAAGGACACAAGAUGUUCUUCAUGGUAGUCUACCUCGCUCCGGGAGAUUACCACCGGUUCCAUUCGCCCACCAGCUGGGUCGUCGAGAAGCGGAGACACUUUACGGGGGAUCUGUUUAGCGUCAGUCCGUAUAUUGCGAAGAGGAUGCAGGAUCUGUUUGUUCUGAAUGAGAGGGUGACUUUGCUCGGACGAUGGAGAUAUGGAUUUUUUGGGAUGGUUCCCGUCGGUGCGACCAACGUCGGCAGUAUCUGUAUCAACUUUGACAAGAACCUGCGAACCAACGAACGAUACCCCCAACAUCCACCCCAUACCUUCACCGAAGCCGUGUACACCCAAUCGUCUUCUUUCCUACGAGGCCAACCUUUAACAGCAGGAGAGGAGAUGGGAGGGUUCAAGUUGGGAAGCACGAUUGUCCUCGUCUUCGAAGCGCCGGAAGGGUUCAGGUUUGUGGCUGAGGCAGGGAAGAAGGUCAAGGUCGGGCAGAGGUUGGGGGUGAUUGAUGAGUAGCAUGAGUAGAGAGUCGCUUCUAUGGGCUGGUUUGCGAGUUGUAUAGAAUGGUAUGCCGGAUGCCGAUCGGGGGUUUUCGGCUGAUUGAGGGUUUUGCUUC